AUGCCUAUUCCAACAGAAGUCGUUGGUUCUCUACCAAGACCAGAGUAUCUGCAAAAGGCUUACACAGACUAUGAUGCUGGGUCCAUCGACAAAGACUCCCUAGUCGCUGCGCAAGACAAGGCCGCCGAAGACUCCGUGAAAAAGAUGGCGCAAACAGGAGAAACCUUGCUUUCAGACGGAGAGCAACGUGCUUCGUCAUUUGCAACUUACCCUAUCAUCGAUACGCUCGGUGGCGCAGGCUUAGCCUCCAAUCUGGCGGCCGACGGUCAAUACUUCGCCAUCUUCGACGAUGGCCAUCACAGACAGUUACCGAGGUUGACAAGCGGCCCAUUGAAAUACAAAACGUAUGCCUACGAUAAUUUCAGGAAAAGCGCGCCGUAUGCAGAAGGCACAGGCCACGCGAUGAAGACAGCAGUCAUCGCCCCAAGCAUGCUCUACUUACUUUAUCCGCUCAAUGGUACUGUAGAAGGGUACAGCAAGGAGGACUUUGUCAAGGAUCUCGUAAACGAAUGCGGGAAGGACAUUCGCGGGUGCUUCUCAGCUGGCGCAAAACGGGUGUCUAUUGACUUCACAGAGGGUCGUCUGGCGAGCAAGAACGACCCCCGAAAUCCAUGGACAGGGGCAGAGCUCUUGAAGACCUUUGUCGACUUGAAUAAUGAGGUAUUGGACCGCUUCUCCGCAAAAGAGCGCGAGAACAUCGGCAUUCAUACCUGUCCUGGCGGCGACUGCGACUCCGUCCACUCAGGCGAGGUGCCUUACUCUAAUCUCCUCCCUUCACUAUUCGCAAUGAAUGCAGGAUACUUCCUGAUCCAACUCGCCUCCGAGAAGGACAAAAGCAGCAUCUACAAGCAGAUCGGCGAGAGUAUUCGGCGUGACGCCAACGGGGUGAAGCAGGUCGCUUUCAUCGGAGUCACGAACCCGCUGAAUCCGAAAGUCGAGACAGCGGAGGAUGUUGCGGCGGAUCUUGUUGAGGCCAGCAAGUAUAUUGCGAAGGAUCAAUUAGGGGCGACGGAUGAUUGUGGGUUCAGCCCUUUCAGUAUUGAUGUGAAGCCGAAGCAUGGGAGCCCUGACUUUGCGAGGGAUGUCGCUAUGCAGAAAAUCAAGGCAAGGGUGGAGGGGGCGAGGUUGGCAAGUGAGAAGUUGGGUAUUUGA